AUGGUAACUUGGUCGGAUUUAUCAAUUGAUUUAAAGUCAAAAGUCAUCAAGGAUUUGGAUUUGCUCAGCCGGUAACUUUUAGGCAAAAAAAUUCAAUAAAUUGUCGAAAUUUCCAGUUUCCGUCUUCGCGCCGCUUCUCGAUUGGACCGAAAAGUGGUCGAUUUCAGCGAACACCGCAUUCCACGUGUCAACAUUUCGGAGAAAAACGGCAUUUUCGACAUGACCGUCUACUGGAAAAUCGAUCGAUUCGUGCGGAUCAGACUGGAGCAAGGCGACGCCGAUUCGACAAUUAUGCACAGGCGGGAAUUUGAAUGCGUUUUUUUUUGAAUUCUGUGGCCACGGCCAUUGCCAAUUUUUUUCCAGAACCCAACGCCUCAAAAACACGCACAAAAAGUCGAUUACAUGCGCGAAAACGACGCCGCUCAAGCUGUUCGCUCAAAUAUUCCGUCAAAUCGUUUUCCACCGCAAAACGACGAUCGGCACGCUCGAGACGGCGAUUUCCGACCACAUCGACGUUCGCGAAUUGCUGAAAUUGAGCGAGGAGCUCGCAAAAACCGACGACGACGAUAUUCGUGCCGAAGUAUUAUCGAUCCACACGCUGGAACGUUCGAAUUUGCCGUUUUUGGGGCGCUGCCAUUCGGCAACACUUCGCGACAUUGAGCUGUGUUACGACGGAAUCGUCUACACGUUUUUGAUGUGUGAAAAAUCGACACUUGAUGAGAAGAAAGCGGAAGAAUUGACGGCGGCCGGAUGUUGGGAAUAUUUUCACGGAUGCGGACUCCACGUCGCCCGAAAAUAUAAUGUGAAUGGUCGCGAAGUGAAGGAGAAGUGUGAAGAGUUGAAAGAAAGGUGAGAAAACGCGCUGCACCUCACUUUUGACGCAAAAUUUCCUGAAUUUCAGCUCGCCCCUAUCGGUUGCGGUGCAAAAAGUGAGUCGUUCGGUGCGGAUCAAGUUUACGGGAUGCGGAAGGAUUUGUGAGAAGGUGGACGGAAAAGGAGGAGACGAUUAUUGCGAAGUGACCAAGGUGACUAGCGGUUUCUUUUUUUUUGGGUCUCGCCCGCCACGAAAACUACAGUAUCCCAAUCCGAGUUUGUUUCAGUCCACGAUGCCGUGCCUUCUUCGUUGGGCGUGUCCGACGCACGCGGAUGCGUUCACGCACUGGUACUACCGCAAAGAGCGCCAUCGCAUUCUGGGCCCGAAAUAUUGGACGAACAAAUUGGACGAGGUGGCGAUUCCAAUCGCGGUGAGACCCGAUCCGAUCCGUCGUUUCCAUCACAUGUGGCGUCGAGUUUUUGUGGAAUUUUUCGUAAUUAACGAAUUUUUUCACUUUAUGCUGUCCGUCUUCCUCCCGAUUUCCCUCAUUUUCGCCGCUUUUUAUGUGAUUUAUUUCCGGGAUAUUUUCGAGUUUUUAUCGAAAACUUUAGAUGGAUAAAUACCUUAUUUUAGUCUUUCAAUCAUAUUUUUUGCUGA